GAUAGUUGACUAUACCCUUUGCUCCUUAAAUAUAUAUCUGCUAUUGAGGAUACAAAGGAGUGGAGUUUUCCAAAAGAAUUCAAGACAAGACACAAAUGGAUGUCGCCAUUAAUGUUAAGCAACAGAAGCAUUUUGUUCUUGUACAUGGUGCAUGCCAUGGAGCUUGGUGCUGGUACAAGCUCAAGCCACUGCUGGAGUCUGCUGGACAAAGGGUCACAGCCAUAGAUCUGUCAGCGGCCGGGAUCAAUCCAAAAAGGUUAGAAGAGGUUUACACUCUUGAGGAUUACAGCUCGCCACUGUUGGAGCUCAUGGCUUCAAUUCCUCCUAAUGAGAAGGUUGUUCUAGUUGGCCAUAGUUAUGGUGGUAUGAACUUGGCUCUUGCCAUGGAAAAUUACCCUGAAAAGAUCUCAGUUGCUAUUUUUGUCACGGCCCUUGUGCCUGAUAUUGUUCGUCCACUAUCCUAUCCUCUGGAACAGUUUUUUGCUGGUGAAACUCCAGAAAUGGAACUGGACAGGGAGGUUUCCCCCUAUGGUGCCCCAGAAAAGGGGGGAAAAUCGUUGCAUUUUGGCCCCAUAUAUUUGUCAACCAGACUUUACGAGCUUUGUUCCGUCGAGGAUCUUGAAUUGGCAAAGUCGUUGGCUAGGCCAACCUUGCUUUUGGUAGAUGAUUUGGGAAAGGAAAAACCAUUUUCAGCUGAGAAAUAUGGUUCAGUCAAACGAGCUUAUAUCUUAUGCAAGGAAGAUAAAACAAUUUCUUUAGACAUUCAGCGUUCGCAAAUUGAAAAUAUUGGGAUGACAGAAGUGAAAGAGAUCAAAGAUGCAGGCCACAUGGUAAUGUUGUCGAAGCCCCAAGAACUUUGUCAAAAUCUCCUUGAGAUAACUCAGAAGUACACUUAAUUGUACCCCUCCUACU